GGCACUUGUCUCUUUUAUUCAUAGAGAUGGAGAGAAUAGAAGCGCGAGAGGAGCAUAUACUAAACACGGCCAAAAUAGAGAGUGAAUAGAAAGAGAGUGAAAUUAAGGAUUCUGAAACUGGGUUGUGCUCGGGAGGAAGUCAUAAAUCGAUCCACGGAGUCAGAAUUCUGUUUGGAGGUCGUUAGAAGUCUCGUCGGAGCUUCGUCGGAGUUUCGUCGGAGAGUCGCCGGAAAAACCAGAAAAAUGAACUUCAACCAUACUUCGAAAGGUGGGUAUGGUUGCGAAGAGGGAGAUCUCAAGAGCGUCAUGGUGUCGACGAAAUCGAAUUCGGACGUCGGAUGAGGGAGAACCGAGCCUCCGAACUUUGAGCAAAAAUCUGUCAAAUCCAGAUCGUUCGUUUGACGUCCAAACGACGAACCGUUUUCACCUACAGGAUCGUGAGAACGAGGAGAAUAUUUUGAAACGAAGAUCUGGAAUCUCCAGAGCUUUCACAGAAUCGGAUUUCGUCAUAUAUAAGAUAUGACAGGUGUGGUAAAUUGAGGAUGACUUUGGCAAUGCACAAUGAUCGAUGGAGGAUUUUGGUUUAAAAGGUUUUUCACAUAUUGAUGUACUCCGAAAUCAUUAUUUUUACGAUUCGGGUUUUGAGCAUGCAUGAUAGUUUACGUUAGUCAAAUAUGAUCAUUAAAUUGAGUUGAGCGUGAACGGAGUAGACGAGAUUGAUAGUAUGGGUUUGGUGAAUCCUGAAUUUAACGAAGAUGGAUUAAUGAAUUGAGAAUAUGAUUUUAGUAAAUUGUUAUGAUGAG